CCAAUGCUACCCAUUCAGUCUGCACUCGCAUGUCCACGAGGUAGCUCACCGGCCCUGGCGCCUUCCUCUUGCCUACUUCAAACACUGGGUUAAAAUAUCACUUCCCCACUUCCACUUCCAUUCAUAUCUCACUCUAUCUCUCUCUCCAUCCAGCAGUCCCUCCCCAAUUGAUACACAACCAAGUCCACCCAUACACUCACGACACCUGGGUUCAGCAUUCUCCUCUUUCUCAGUUUGUCUCUCGACACCGAGGCACAACGGUUGUCAUCAGCUACUGAUAUAAACAUUUCGAUAAUCAUUGAGCUCACCCAUUUAAUGUAUACACAAUCAAGGGUUGAGGUUAGGUCUACUGUGUUCGCGGGAUUUAUCUUGGUAUUUAAAAAAUAUCACCAACCCCUUCAUGACUUGGCUCUAUUUAUUUGAAAAUUUAAAAUUCAUUGACGUGCUUUAUUCAACCUUUUUUCAUCAUAAUUGUUCAACAAUGUAUUUUUAUUAUUAGAUUAUUGUCUGAUAGGGGUUGUUUUUAAGAGGAAAAAAUUUGAAUUGUGUUGAUUGUUGUGCCGGUUUAAACGUGCGUGGUGAGAGUGCUCUACUCGCGUGACAGUCAAAGCAGGUUAGGUCCUUUUGUCGGUUGCGCGGGUAUUUCAAAAAAAGCCCAUUACAAUGACGAAUUGAUUUGUUCGAGUGAGGUGAAUCGAGGUACUUUGUACUUCGUUGAAUGAAGUAUAAAGUUGUGUUGACAGCGGCUCGAUAAUUGUCUCGAGUCAAUCAGUGAAGAUUGAUCUUCGGAUUGAUAGAGUGGAGGAGAGAAGAGCCAGAGCCAUGUGGAAGGACAGCGGUCCCACUAUGGAUAAUUCGACAUACGUGCCGAAUCACUUACCACCACCAUCCUUGGUCGUGUUUUCACAGGCCGGGGGUAUCCCCGACGCCUUGAGAAUGCAGCGACCCUUCAAUCCACAAGUGACGGAUUCGAAAGAUCUUCAUGUUCCAUUCAGCACAGCAGCAUCGCUCGGUUACGGUCUCCAUCACAUGCUACAUCUGCCACAUCAAUUUCUUCAUCCCCUUGAUCCACGUCUGCCAUUUGGUGCAUUCAGACCACUUGGUCCAUCGGCAUUUGCACCACCUAGCAAGUGUCUGAAAGUCGAGACCGGAAAUACAAGUGUCUCUUCGGGUCUCGCUAGUAUUAGUUCACUGUCAGGAAUGUCCAAUAUGUUUUCACCAUCAUUACCAUCGUCGGGUGGUGUUGGUGGUGGACUAUCAGCUCCUGGUCAGGAUACAGCACCCCAAAGUCCAGCGGGUUCAGCGAGUCGUUCGCCACUUGGCAAUGCACCUGGUUCAACUACUGCCUCAAAUCGUGGACCAAGUCCUGAUGAAGAGGAUCGUGAUGCUAAUGCAACACCCGGAUCCGAAAACACCGAGCGGUCAACGCCCGAGGAAGGACGACCCUACAGACUGGGUCCUAUGUUCGGGGGGCGAUGCGGCGCAGAGGCGCUCGGUCUGGGCCUUGGGCUGUCACUGGGCCCGGCCUACAGGUUCGCUCUGCCCCCGGGACUUGCUGCCAAGACCACCCGCUGCCUUGUUUUCGACCAAGGUAAGAAAAAAUUUCCAGCUGAUCCAUCCUGCUGUCCUGUCUGCAGCGUUACGGUGAGGCCACAGGAGUUGGAACAGCAUUUUGCUCAAGAGCUGGAUCGAUUGUACAAAGUAUCCGCGAAUAACUCGAGACCGAGACCGAGAUCGAUACUUCCAGUUGUCCAGGAUCAUCCGCAUGGACAAAUGCUUCACACACCCUCGACAGCUGAUGGCACGCCGCAGGGAAGGUGGGAGACAUAUAAAAGAAUUCGAGCAAAUCGUCAAGCGAGAAUUCGAGUGAAGAAUCGAAAAAGAAAAGCAGACGAGCCGGCCUGUCCUGUCUGCAACGAGCGUCUUUCCGGUACCCCAGAAGAGUUAACACAGCACGUCGAGAGAUGUCUGAAUAAGCACAACAGUGGUAACGGCUCCAACGUCACCCUGGACGACGAAGAGGUAGACGUUGAGGGUGAUGCCGAGACUUUUGAGGAGUACGAGUGGGCCGGGCAAAAAAGAAUUCGUGCAACGUCAAUGUUGGUGGGAGGAUUUUCCGCUGCAGGACUGGCAACAUCGUCGAGAAGUGGCAAUGGUGCGGGCAAUCCUGGACGACCAGAGGAGGAAGAGGAUCUGAUUGUCGAUGGCGAUGAGACAGCGCAAUUUGGUCCAGCUCAGUACUCAGAAGCGGAUGUGAUAGCACCGAGGGGUGAGGGAACACCUAGGGAGCAGAAAGAGAGGGAUGCACUCAGGGAAGCUGUUAUAUCACCCAAUGCACCACUGACCCCUCAUACACCACCUGAUCAACCCCACGGUGCACAAGUCGAGGUGAAACCCGAACCUGGCACCAUUAUUGGACACAAUAAUCCAUUCUCACCCUCGUCUACACCAUCGAGGCAGAAGUCUGAAGGAGAUGAGGGAGCUCCCACGACACCUGGACAGGAGGGCACUGAUACACCGGUUGUUGAUGCUUUGAGGAGUAGAAUCCGAGAGCUCGAGAAUGAAAUGAGGGGACAGCCCUUCAAGUGUCUCAUCUGUAUGGAGCAGUACAAAAAACCAGUGACAUCGGUGUGCUGUUGGCACGUGCACUGCGAGCAAUGUUGGUUGCAUACACUGGGAGCAAAAAAACUCUGCCCCCAGUGUAACAUGAUCACAUCACCAGCGGAUUUGAGGAGAAUUUAUAUGUGAGCUUCAACCUGGUCGACUGAGCCCAUCGACUUAUCACUCACUAAAUCACAAACAACCCUUGUACAUUUGUAUAUUUCUUAAAUUAACUAAUUUCACCUUCCCCCACCCUUACUCCCUUCCUCCCUCCCUCCCCUCCUCCAACCUCACCACCCUUGUUGCGUAUACCUAGUACUUAGUAAAUUAACGAUUUUUAGAAAUGAUAACGAACGACGAAUCUGAAAAAUAAAAUAUAACAAUAGUUGUAUUGUCAUCAAUGCCAAUUGCCCUGUCAAAUCGAAUUGUCAUCCAAUAACAAAUAAUAAUUACCAUUCACCUCACGAUAAAACCCUAAAUGCACUUUGAUAUAAAAGGACACGAAUUUAUUGUCAAUAUGAGAAAAAAAUAUGGUAAUACAUGAGGAAAGUAAAGGGCCGAGAGACUUAGAUAGACGAAAUUACCAUCUCAGCUGGCAACGCGGUGUAAAUCCGUCCGAUGAUGAGAUAUGUGAGAUAUUAAAUUUCUGCUGAGCUGAAGAGGUGUGUAAGUGAUGAAUUUCAAAUAAAUGAAAUUGACAGCAUUAAAUAAUUGUAAAUACACGUGCGGGUGCGCGUUAAGAGGAAAACGAGAAUGAGGAGCAAGAUGAGGUGAAAAAAUAUCCUGAAGAUGUUCUGUAUCCGAAAAUAAAGAGACCAU